UCGAGCGAGCGAGCUGUCAACCGAGAGAGAGGGACAGCGAGGGAGAGACCUUAUGUGAUUGGCUCGGUGUUUCCCGAUUAAACCUCGCCGUCACUCGGCCUCGCCUCCUCCUCCAGUGCCGGACAAACUACUUUGUUUUUAAGUGGCUACUGGGCGGACCUGUUGUGUGUGGUUUUUUCCCCCCCCCUCACCGGCCAACUGACGACAUUUUACCGGGGGCGGGGAGGCAAAGAAGAAGAAAACGGAGAAGAAGAAGAAGAAGGGGGAAACAUGGCUACGACAACCUGUACAAGAUUCACUGACGAGUAUCAGCUGUAUGAGGAACUUGGCAAGGGUGCCUUUUCGGUAGUGCGUAGAUGCGUGAAGCUAUGCACGGGACAGGAGUACGCGGCCAAAAUCAUCAACACCAAAAAGCUAUCCGCCAGAGAUCACCAGAAGCUGGAACGAGAGGCUCGCAUCUGUCGGCUACUCAAACAUCCCAACAUUGUUCGUCUUCAUGACAGCAUAUCAGAGGAGGGCUUCCACUAUUUGCUCUUUGACUUGGUGACUGGAGGUGAAUUGUUUGAGGACAUCGUAGCCCGAGAGUACUACAGUGAGGCUGAUGCCAGCCACUGCAUCCAGCAGAUCCUGGAGGCCGUGCUUCACUGCCAUCAAAUGGGCGUUGUGCACCGAGACCUGAAGCCAGAGAACCUUCUCCUGGCCAGCAAAUGCAAGAAUGCGGCGGUGAAACUGGCCGACUUUGGUCUGGCCAUCGAGGUGCAGGGGGACCAGCAGGCCUGGUUUGGCUUUGCUGGCACACCAGGGUACCUGUCCCCUGAGGUCCUGAGGAAGGAAGCAUAUGGCAAACCUGUGGACAUCUGGGCCUGUGGAGUGAUCCUGUACAUCCUGUUGGUAGGUUACCCUCCUUUCUGGGAUGAGGACCAGCACAAACUGUACCAGCAGAUCAAGGCUGGGGCCUACGAUUUCCCUUCUCCAGAGUGGGACACGGUAACCCCGGAGGCCAAAAACCUGAUCAACCAGAUGCUGACCAUCAACCCGGCCAAGAGGAUCACUGCCCAGGAGGCCCUCAAGCACCCGUGGGUCUGCCAACGGUCCACGGUGGCUUCCAUGAUGCACAGACAGGAGACGGUAGAGUGCCUGAAGAAGUUCAACGCCAGGAGGAAACUCAAGGGAGCCAUCCUCACCACCAUGUUGGUCUCUCGGAAUUUCUCUGUGGGCAGCAGGCAGACCACCGCUCCGGCCUCUGUGGUUCCGGUCUCACCCGCCGCGGGUACCGCCGCGGGGUUGGUUGAACAAGCCAAGUCUUUGCUCAACAAGAAAGCCGACGUCAAGCCUCAGACAAACAGCAAAAACAGCAUAGUCACCAGCCCAAAAGGAAACAUCCCUUCACCUGCUCUGGAGCCACAGACCACCGUCAUCCAUAACCCGGUGGACGGGACUAAGGAAUCUUCGGACAGCAGCAACACCACAGUAGAGGAUGAAGAUGUGAAAGGUAAGACCAAAGAUAAUGCUUUUCUGAAAUGCUUGACACCUACAUCCGCACAGCCUUGCUUUUUCCAUUCCACGAGGGGCACGUCUCGCCCAAUCGAUUCGGCCACCAAGUUUGCUGAGCUCCUGGGCUCCGUGCGCAGGGGCUCAGGGCUCGCAUCGGACGUAGAAGGCCCACCUGCAUCGUUGCCCCCCCAGCCACAGCCCACACCCACCGCCACCCACCCAGCACCCUUCCCUUCACACCCCCCCGUUGUCCCCAUGCAGAUGUCCCGGCUCACAGACCUGGUGAGCAGCGUUCGCAGGGCCCCGGCCCCGGCCCCAGCCGCACCCGCACCCGAACCUGACACCGCUCCGGUUCCGGCAGUCAGGCCAGGGCCUCCGCCCGUGCAAGCCACCUCCCCGCCUCCCCCCUCACCCCCCUCCUCCUCCUCCACCUCCUCCUCCUCCUCCCAGACCCGCAAACAGGAAAUCAUAAAGAUCACCGAGCAGCUCAUUGAGGCCAUCAACAACGCAGACUUUGAGGCUUACGCCAAAAUCUGCGACCCGGGCUUGACUUCCUUUGAACCCGAAGCGCUGGGCAACCUGGUGGAAGGGAUGGACUUCCACAGGUUCUACUUUGACAACCUGCUGUCUAAAAACACCAAGCCCAUCCACACCACCCUCCUGAACCCUCACGUGCACCUGAUCGGCGAAGACGCCGCCUGCAUCGCGUACAUCCGCCUCACGCAGUUUGUGGACGGGCAGGGUCGACCGCGAUCCAGCCAGUCUGAGGAGACCCGAGUGUGGCACCGCAGGGACGCCAAGUGGCAGAACAUACACUUCCACUGCUCCGGUGCUCCUGCCGCACCGCUGCAGUAGUCGGACGUGCGAGCGAGAGAGAGAGCCUCCGUUUGUUUUGUCAGGAGGGAGAGGAUGAUGAAGAUACGUAAUCGAGAGCGGCAUGAGUCGGAACUUUAGCAGCAACUUCCUCACUGCACAUGCGCGCACGCACACACACACACACGCACGCACGCACGCACGCACACACGUUUGUGAAGCCUCGUGUCACUGCACUGGAAACACAUGUAAAGUUUGAAGCCCUUAUUCUAAUAACGAAUUCAAGUCAUGAUUAUUACACAUUUGUAUAUAUUAUGUCAUUUGUACUAUGAAAAAGAUUAAUGCCAGUGGUUUCUAGUUAAAGGACUUUUUUGGUUUUUCUUUGUUUUUAUUAAGGAAGCAUGCACCCCCGUGGCUAUUAAGUGAAACAUUAUACGUAUAUACAGUUGUUGUUUUUUUGGUAAUUCUCUUAAUUAUGCUCUAUGUUAGCCAUGAUGCUUGCACCCGGCCUCAUCAUGUCUUUGAGCGCUUUAUAUUUGAAUGUUUUUAGUUGAAUUUUUAAAUGUAUUUGUGAAGGGCUCGGUCGGGGGUCAUUAAGCCCGGUGUCUUCCCGCUAAAAUGAUUAUGAAUAUUUUUAAUGUUUAAUAGGUGAAUGAGUCAGGUGCCAAAUAACUGCCAAAAAAGAAUGCAUCAUAUGAGUAUAAUUAAUAUAUUGGAACAAAUAAUCUAAAAUGUAUGAUUUGUGUUUUGUUGUCUUUGAUCCUUAAGUUUAAAAAAGUAUUUAGUUAGUUUAUAGAAAAACGGUCCGUUUUAUUAAUUUUUUUUGAUUUAGUUUUUUUUAACUUGUCCUCAGGUUUGAUUCAUUUUUAGGCAUUUAUAAUUAGACUCAGUCAUUUAAAGAGAUACUGCACCACACUGCGCAAGAGCCAAACUAAUAUGCCUCGUGUAACUUUUUUUUCUGUCAACUCUCCUUUCUCAAUGUACUCAAACAGGGAUUAUUGCCGUCAGAGCAAGAACCCAGUGGAUUUUCAACCAUUUCCAAAACAAGAAGGUAGAAGGGUCGCUGUCACCGCUCCAAAUUUUCAAUUGAUCCUGAAUGCAAGACUUUCCGGGAUUCUAGUUCUUUGUCAGAGCAAGAAUCAAGGAUUUUUGAAAUUUUCUAAAAACAAGAUAGUUAAGAUCAAUGGUCAAAUCAGUGCCUCACGCUCUCACCUCUUCAAACCAAUCAACCAAAUUCAAGGCAUUUUCACAGCUAGAGAAAAUCUCAUUUCAAGUUGCCGGUUAAUUUUUGGGCAGGAUUUAGUAGUCCCCCAAUUAUGUGCCCCGCCCACACAAAUCCAUACACAAAAAAAACAAAAACAAAACAAAACCAAAGCAUGAACAUGUUCUUUUCUUAGUGUGUUUACAGUUUGACUCGCAAUGGCUGCGCUGGGAACUAUUCACUCGAUCCCUAAUCCCUGUAAUAAGGAUUUUUUUAAAAAAAUAGGAACUAUCUAGGUGAGUAGGGAAUCAACUGAAGGCUUCCUAACGAAGCGUUCGGAAUCAUUCAGCUCAUUCCCCACUCCCUUAUCAUUACAUAGGGAUUUUAUAGGACCUAUCUACGUCACUAUAAAGUCCACUAUAUAAAAUUAUUUAUGUGGUGAUUAUAUCCGCGGGAUCUCCAAAACCAUGAAUUUUUCAGGAACUAAAGAUGGCAUAUUUUUUGUUAUUGAACACUGUAUAGUAUGGAUUUUUUUAAAAAUAUUAAAUUGAUACCAUUUUGAAAUAUACGUCCGCCCGACAACUGUAUUCUUAGUACCACUGUUUUUUGUAGCUAAUGUGUCUAUUUUCUCCGUGUUUUAAGCGCUUAUUAUAUAUAAAGGUAUUUUUGUCUCCAGAUGACCUCACGCAGCUAAAUAUAUAAAGUGAUGCUUUUGUACAGAGAGAAGACCCAGUCACCAGUCAAGCACAAAACCACAAGCAGCUUCCUCUCCUGAUCACUUCCUGGCAGUCUGUUCGCUUGCUCUCUUUUCCCCCGUGCUUUCUACCUUGCUACUUGUCUUUUGCCCCCGUUUUGCUUCUGUCCAAUACGAUGAUGAUUUCGUGCUCUUUUGUUGUAUUCUGCCGUGCUGCUUUUCUGCUCUUGCUUGGACGACUUGUGCUUAAAGGUGUUCUCAAUAAAACAGCAACGUUACCAUCCAAA